AUGGAGACCGAAAGUGAGGGUAGCACAUCGGGAGAUGACAGUGUGUUUUGGCUGGAUUCGGAAGUUAUAACCCAGGAGACUGGCAGUGAAGAGGGAGAAGGGGAAGAGCAUUUCAGGAAGAUGAAGUCCUCAGUACAUUCUGAAGAGGAUGAUUUUGUUCCAGAACUACACAGAAACGUUCACCCUCGAGAGCGGCCUGACUGGGAGGAAACACUUAGUGCAAUGGCCAGAGGAGCAGAUGUUCCAGAAAUUCCUGGAGACCUUAGUCUUAAGACAUGUGGCAGUACAGCCAGUAUGAAGGUUAAACAUGUGAAAAAGUUACCCUUCACUAAAGGUCACUUUCCGAAGAUGGCUGAAUGUGCACAUUUCCAUUAUGAGAAUGUUGAGUUUGGCAGCAUACAGCUUUCACUUUCAGAAGAACAGAAUGAAGUAACAAAAAACGGCUGCGAGCCUACAGAGCUGGUCUACCUCGUGCACGUUGCUUGUCAGGGCAAAAGUUGGAUUGUUAAAAGAAGUUAUGAAGAUUUUCGGGUACUUGAUAAACAUCUUCAUCUUUGUAUUUAUGACCGACGAUUCUCCCAGCUCUCAGAGCUUCCCCGUUCUGAUGCUCUGAAGGACAGUCCAGAGUCGGUCACUCAGAUGCUUAUGGCUUACCUGUCCCGCCUUUCAGCUAUUGCUGGGAACAAGAUCAACUGUGGACCUGCCCUUACUUGGAUGGAGAUUGAUAAUAAGGGAAAUCACCUUCUAGUUCAUGAAGAAUCCUCUAUUAACACUCCUGCUGUUGGUGCUGCCCAUGUUAUCAAGAGGUACACUGCUCGGGCCCCAGAUGAAUUGACCUUAGAGGUGGGAGACAUUGUUUCUGUUAUUGACAUGCCCCCCAAAGUGUUAAGUACAUGGUGGAGAGGCAAGCAUGGAUUUCAGGUGGGACUCUUCCCUGGACACUGUGUUGAGUUAAUUAAUCAGAAAGUUCCCCAGUCAGUGACCAACUCAGUGCCAAAACCAGUAUCUAAAAAGCACGGCAAGCUCAUUACUUUUUUACGCACAUUCAUGAAGUCUCGUCCAACAAAACAGAAAUUGAAGCAGCGUGGAAUCUUGAAAGAAAGAGUGUUUGGCUGUGACCUGGGGGAGCACCUUCUGAAUUCUGGUUUUGAAGUGCCCCAGGUUCUUCAAAGCUGCACAGCGUUCAUUGAGAGAUAUGGCAUCGUGGAUGGAAUAUAUCGUCUCUCUGGCGUUGCCUCCAAUAUCCAGAGACUACGCCAUGAAUUUGACUCUGAACAUGUUCCCGACCUGACAAAAGAACCCUACGUCCAAGACAUCCAUUCCGUGGGCUCCCUAUGUAAGCUGUACUUCCGAGAGCUCCCCAACCCUCUGCUCACCUACCAGCUGUAUGAAAAAUUUUCUGACGCUGUUUCAGCAGCAACAGAUGAAGAAAGGCUGAUAAAAAUUCAUGAUGUUAUCCAGCAACUCCCUCCACCACACUACAGAACACUGGAGUUCCUAAUGAGACACUUGUCUCUUUUAGCUGACUAUUGCUCCAUCACAAAUAUGCAUGCAAAAAACCUAGCAAUCGUUUGGGCUCCAAACCUGCUAAGAUCAAAGCAGAUAGAAUCUGCCUGCUUCAGCGGGACCGCAGCUUUCAUGGAAGUGAGGAUUCAGUCUGUGGUUGUAGAGUUCAUCCUCAACCACGUCGACGUGCUCUUCAGCGGGAAGAUCAACGCAGUCGUUCAGGAAGGGGCAGCUUCUCUAUCAAGACCCAAGUCCCUGCUGGUCUCUUCUCCAUCUACCAAGCUGCUGACCCUGGAGGAAGCCCAGGCGCGAACACAGGCUCAGGUCAAUUCUCCAAUUGUGACCGAAAAUAAAUACAUUGAAGUAGGAGAAGGACCUGCUGCACUCCAGGGGAAAUUUCAUACCAUCAUCGAGUUCCCACUCGAAAGGAGGAGGCCUCAAAAUAAAAUGAAAAAGUCUCCUGUGGGCAGCUGGCGUUCCUUUUUCAACUUGGGGAAAUCCUCGUCUGUUUCUAAACGGAAGUUGCAGCGUAAUGAGAGUGAGCCCUCCGAGAUGAAAGCCAUGGCUCUGAAAGGUGGCAGGGCAGAAGGGACCCUCCGCUCAGCUAAAAGUGAAGAGUCUCUUACUUCUCUCCAUGCAGUCGAUGGUGACUCCAAGCUGUUCCGACCCAGAAGACCCAGAUCUAGCAGUGAUGCCCUGAGCGCCUCUUUUAACGGCGAGAUGCUGGGGAACCGCUGCAACUCCUACGACAACUUGCCCCACAACGGAAGCGAGGAGGAAGUUGGGCUGCUGCACAUUCCGGCUCUUGUGUCUCCGCACUCAGCUGAGGAUGUUGACUUGAGCCCACCAGACAUCGGAGUGGCCAGCCUGGAUUUUGAUCCAAUGUCAUUUCAGUGCAGUCCUCCUAAGGCCGAAUCAGAAUGUCUGGAGAGCGGGGCUUCCUUCUUAGACUCCUUGGGCUACUCCAAGGAUAAACAGAGUACCAGUAAGAAGGAUACGGAAACAGGCGGUAGCCAGUCACAGACUCCAGGAAGCACUGCAAGUUCUGAACCUGUGUCUCCUCUUCAGGAGAAGCUGAGUCCAUUCUUCACCCUGGACUUGAGCCCAACUGAAGAGAAAGCAUCGAAGCCAUCCUCGUUCACCGAAAAGGUCGUCUAUGCUUUUUCUCCGAAGAUUGGACGGAAGAUAAGCAAAUCACCCUCUCUGAACAUAUCCGAGCCCAUUUCAGUGACCCUUCCCGCCCGGGUGUCAGAAGUCAUCGGCCCCGUCGCAAACACGGCAGCUCAAAAUGCACCUUCUGUAGCCUGGAACAAAAGUGGUGAAGAAAGUGAUGUCAUAAAUAGAUCCCCAACCCAGGUAGUAAAGAAAAAAGCAAACGAGAGAGAGGCCCAGGAAGGGUGUGAGUGUGAAGCCCAACCCCCGGACCAGGGGGCUGCCGCAGACGUAGACUCACCAGGGAAGGAGGAGCCUGCCUCAAGCAGUCAGAGUAAGGCUGUACCUUCUGGACAGACUCAGACAGGAGCAGACACACAUGACCCCCCUCAGGAUUCCGUUCCUGUAAGCUCAGUCUCUCUUAUCCCACCGCCACCGCCUCUGAAAAAUGUGGCACGCCUGCUGGCACUGGCAUUAGCAGAGUCUGCACAGCAGGCCUCCACCCAGUCACUGAAGAGGCCAGGCACGGGCCCGGCUGCCUGUGCACACUGCGGGGAUGUAGCGGUGACCGCAGCCGAGGACAGACCGCCCGCUCCCUACUCUAGCGUUACUCUCGAGAAAGCCUAUUUCCAAACCGACAGGCCAGCAGAGCAGCCCCACCUCCAGAACAAGGGCCCUGGGCAUGGUGACCAGCCAGUGCCAGACACAGCAGCUGCCAGGGACUAUACCCAUUCCAGCGCCACGGACUCCAUGGGGCAGUCCCCCCCAGCAGACCUACCAGGCGAUCAGCCACAUCGGAUCUAUCUAUCUGGGGACGCAGAGAAGGCCAGAGUCACUUCCGUUCCCUUGACAGACUCAAAGUCUGAUGACCUCAUCACUUUCCCUGAAGACCAGUCUGUGAAGACCAGUGGGCCAACCGUCUCCUUUGUGGAACACGAUCAGCUCCAUUUCUACAGUGGGGAUGAGCCUCCUUCUUACCUUGGUGCAAGCGUGGAUAAGCCCUAUCACCCUUCAGAACUUGCAGACAGAAGUCCCGCCCCUUCUUAUUUGCCUCGGGACAAAAUCUGCCCUCCUUCCGGGCCCCCUGAAGAGAACACCAGCGCAGCCCCCCUGGCGUACGUGGCACAUGCUCCAGCAGCGGCCAUAGCGAGCGCCGGCGAAGCCAGCUGGGAGGUGGCGGAGCAGCCCAGCGCCGUGGAGUAUGUAACCGCCACCCUUCAGCGUGCCCAACGAGCCAGCCGUCCCCUACCCCUACCUCCUUCCCAGAGACCCGCAGAGCAACCCCCGGUCCUGGGGCAGGUGCAGACCACAGCCAGUAUAGGACUAACCAAUCCCCACAAGGUUCAAGGAGCAGUUCCGGCUCCAGAGAGGCCACCUGAACUCAGGGGCCUGGGUGACCCUGCACCUGUCCUGGUUGGGGAUGGUGGGGCCGCUGCGCAGUGUCCAGCCUCCGCUCCAGCUCCCCAGCCCGUCCUUCCUGAAAAGGUGCGGGAAGGCACCAGGGCGCCCGCGCUGCACCUGCGCGCCGAGUCUGUGCCCGCGCACGCCUCCUGUGGCUUCCCCACCCCGGCACCCCCCGCCAGGACCGUGGAGAGCAGGCUGGCUGCGGCCCUCCACUCGGGCAGCACGGACGGGGCGGGCAGCGCCGGGUACCACUCCUUCGUUGCCGCUGCCUCCGCGGAAGAGGCCUUGCCUUUGCCCCUCCCCAUCCCACAAGCCAAGCACACCUCUCUGAAGACUGCUUACCCCACGUUCGCCAGGCCCGACCUCACCACGGAGCCCUUCGGUCCGGAAAACUGUCUGCAUUUCAGUAUGACCCCAAACUGCCAGUUCCGCCCCCAGAGCGUGCCACCCCAUCACGGGAAAGCAGAACCGCACCCGGUGUACGCGUCCAGGUCGGAGCCACCAGCCUCCACGGGUCCCCGGUACAACACGUACGUGGCCCCUGGGAGAAGCGUGUCUGGACACCACCCGAAGCCGUGCAGCCGGGCCGAGUAUGUGUCCUCGCUGAACUCGUCCGCCAGGGGCGGCUGCUACCCCGAAGACAUGCCGCCGUACCCCACCAUCCGCCGGGUGCAGUCUCUGCACGCGCCUCCGUCCUCCAUGAUCCGCUCUGUCCCCAUCUCCAGGACAGAGGUGCCCCCAGAUGAGGAGCCCGCCUACUGCCCACGACCCCUGUACCAGUAUAAGCCAUAUCAGUCGUCCCAGGCCCGCUCGGACUACCACGUCACUCAGCUGCAGCCUUACUUCGAGAAUGGCCGGGUGCAUUACCGGUACAGCCCCUACGCCAGCUCGGCCGGUUCCUACUACAGCCCCGACGGCGCCCUGUGCGAUGUGGAUGCCUACGGCACGGUGCAGCUGCGGCCCCUGCACCGCCUGCCCGGCCGCGACCUGGCCUUCCUCGCCCCGCGGCUGCAGGGCAAGAGUGUGUACGCGUUAGCUGGGGGCGCGGCUGUGCGCCCCCGGCCCAGCGUGGCCAGCUACUUCCCGGCCAAUGACCACAGCGUGGUCCAUAUGCCCCCGGUGGCCGAUGCGAAGCACGCGUACGCCUCGUGGGACCUGGAGGACCUGGAGAAGUACCGCCUGCAGUCCAUCCGCAGGGAGAGCCGCGCGCGGCAGAAGGCCAAGGGGCCCGUGGUGUCCCAGUACGACAACAUGAGCCCGGCCGGCGCGCCGGACGACCUGGGCGGCAUCUACGUCAUCCACCUGCGCAGCAAGUCGGAUCCUGGGAAAACUGGACUCCUCACGGUGGCCGAGAGCAAGGAGGGGCGGCACCCGGCCAAGGCCCUGAGCCCGGAGGGGGAGGACCGCUUCUACCGGAAGCACGUGGAGCCGGAGCUGGAGCGAGCGCCCCACCACCAGGGCGGGUACGGCAACGGGCAGCCGGAGAAGCCGUGCCUUCCCCAGAAGCAGAGCAGCGUCAGGAACCGAAAGCUGCACGACGCGGGCUGCAGCUUCCCCGAGCACAGGCCGCAUCAGGAAGCAAGCCAUAGGCAGCUGUGCGACCCGAAGAAUGGACCCCCUUUCCCCCAGGGAGCCGGCCCGCUAGACUACGGGCCCAAAGGGCUUCCAGACCCUGUCGAGCCGGUCAGCUACCUUAACUCUGGAGGGAAAUACGUGCCAUCAGGGCCGGAGUCUUUAAGACCGAGCCACAAAGAGGUGCGGCUCCCCAAGGAGCUGGAGCGGCCCCGGGCCCGGCAGCCCCCGGCCGCAGAGAAGCACCCCAGAGACUGCUACAAGGAGGAGGAGCACGUGUCGCAGUCCGUGCUCCCGCCGCCUAAGCCAGAGAGGAGCCACAGCCUCAAACUGCACCACCCUCAGAGCACGGACAGGGACCCCGGCGUGGCGCACCACUACCACACCCACGGCAAGCGCCCGGGCCGGGGGACUGCCGGGCCCCAGUACGAUAACCUGGAGGGCUACCACUCCCCGCCCCAGCACCAGCGAGGGGCCUUCGGAGCAGCAGCAAUGGGCCCAUACAUGCCCGCCGGCUUCCCCCACCCCCAGAGCAGGACAUACGCCACAGCUCUGGGGCAGGGCGCCUUCCUGCCCACAGAGCUGGCCUUGCAGCCUCCUGAAACGCAGGUCCAUGCAGAAUGAGCCCCGGGAGCAAUAGAGUUGACGCAGCCUCUGCUGGACAGUGGACUGUUCUAUUUUUUUUUUCAGUAACCAAAAAAAAAAAAAAAAGCUACAAACCGCCUCCCCACCACAUUAAAAAAAUAAGAAGAAAAACAAAUCACCAUCUUUUUCCCGCCUUCCCAGCUUCAUCACCACCUCUUCCACCUACAGACUGUGUCAUUUUUGUCAUUUAAAGAUCUGAACGAUUGUGAAGCACUGUGUUGAAAACCUAGUAAAGAAAUUUGUUACAGACCGUACUUGCCACAUAGGGCUGGUUUGUAAGAGCCUGAGGACUGCCUUUAAUGGAAUUUGAGUUUGACCUUGUCCUUUCUAGCAUUUGCUGCAUCCUUCAGAGCAGCUGGCGCCCACUUCCUGAAGGUUUUGUGUGCCCUGUCCUGUCCUGUUCCCACUGCUUUCCCAGUAGCCACGGCCUUGCCCAGAGGGUCACCUAUUUUCCUUGUCAAGUCAUACCCCCUGUCUUAGAAGGGGCUGUGUGUUAAAUUAGAGUGGAGAGAAACUUCUCCCUGAGCCUUCACAUAAGACUAUUAUUGGACAUUUAACAAAUUAUAGCCAAAAAAGAAAAAAGGAAUUAGGACUUUAUGCAUUUAAUAGUCAUUACAAAAUAUCAGACCCAUUUGAUUCAGGCUGAACCAUGCUCUUCUCCUGGUUGCUCCACACACUUCAAUGAACAGGCUCAUCCCACUAAAGAAACUUCUUAGGUGGAAGUCGGUGACCUUCGUUAGCACCAGAAAAUGACAUCAGUGUUUCUAAGCUGCUGCCUGUCUUCAGUUUUUUUUUCCUCAAUAGUAUUUGAUAAAUUGUGAUCCUAAUGAAGUAUUUCACACCAUUUGUUUUCCUAAAGCAGUUUAUUUUUUCCCCCCUCAUUUAAAAAACAAUGAAAAACCAGCAUGGUUUGCCUGGAUAAACACACAUACUGUCACAUGAUUGUAAAUUCACAUGUUAAUUUGUUUCUAAACCAGGUGUCCUGGGAAUUCUUACAGUAGGUACAGGUUAUUAUUAUCUGUUAGUAAACUGAGCAUUCCUGCAAUAACACUUAGCACAGCCCAUUAGACCUGCUGGAAUUCUGGGCAGUGACCCUUUAGGUCCCGAGGAAUUACCGUGUUGUGUCUUCCCUCUGUCCCUGGGCGAUUGCAGUCUUAACUGUAUUUGCCAUCCACACCAGCAUUUCAGGUUUAGUCCUCGCAACGCUGCAGACAUGUCAAACAUGUUCCAUACCCAGGACUUUCUUUUGAAAGUUUGCAUUCCAUUUUCUCAACCCACCCCACCACGAACGCCAGACCAGAAGGCAGUCCUGUAUUUAUAAAACGAGUUGAGAUAAUCAUGUCAUUCCAUAGCUCUUAAUAAUACUUGAUUUUUAUACAUUCACAUGUUUUAAAUGCUCAAGUUUGUAGAAGACACUAGGAGAAUUCCAUUCCAUUUACUGGAUGGUUGCUGCUCUGGCUUUUUAAAACUUGGAACUAACGUUUAUUUAGAGCAAAGAAAAAUCUUUUAAGAGGCUAAAUUGAUGCUGCUAUUAUUGCUGUGAAAUUGUAUAAAGAUUAGGAUUCAUGCCAGUUUUUUUAAAUCUAAAAAACCAUGUGAUUGCAUUUUAAGGGUUUAUAUUUAGAAAAAGAAAAUAAAGUUUUAAGAGCAACACAUCUACUUAUUAAUAUAUGUGGAAAUACUCUGUUAGGUGUUCUUUUGUUCCCCCAGAAUUGAUCAGAGAGAUUCAAUAAAGAUCAUGGAGGAAAUCCUGAAAUUAUAGAAAAGGUCUGUGAAAUUCAGGCCUCAGUACAGACCCUCCUGGUCUGUAGUCCCAGUGCUAGGGAACCUGAUAGGAUACUUCCGUUUAGCACACACAUCAGGAGCUCCGUGCAGGAAUUUGCUCUUUGGUGAACAUGCAGCACUAAUUUUUUUUCCAACCGUUACCAUCUUUUUGUCAGUAGGCGACCGAUGGCCGCUUUUAGGGAAGACAAGCCAUCUGAGCUCUCACAGGCAGCCCGGAGAUUAGAGAAAGGAGCUGGUGUGGCCCCGAGACACAGAUGGCUUUAGGAGCUGAGAGCCUAGAAAGAUGUGGCUGAAGUCUGUCCAGUGUUCAUAUCUGUGGAUUGGUCACACACACUGUUUAUUCCUGAAACUAAAGUCUGUUUUAUAAACACUAAGGUUAAUUCUUUAAAGCAGUUACUUUAUUAAUGUCCUAUGGGUUUGGAAAUAUCAGGCACAUAUUUUGAAUACAGAAAAAUGGCUCAAAUUCCUGGUAAAAGUGUGAAACACAAUUUAGCAUUAUUUCACCGAGUCUAGAUCCAGCCUUAACUUUGGGUGCAGUUACUGAAGGACUUUGCCUGCAUCCUUCCCUUCCUAGUUAUCGCAGGUAGAUGGCAGGUCACUGUGAGCCAGCUUACCUCAGCACAGUUCACCUUGUUGGUGUAUGACGUCGCAGAUUGAGUAACCAAGUGUCAGCACUUUCACACGUUGACAUGGAGCCUACGAUCAAGGAAACGGAGCUGCCUUACUCGUGAAACCCAGAAUUUUAAUUCUGUUGGUAUUUUCACAGCCAUGUCUCCAGAUUUUAUCCUUUUGUUUGGCAAAAUUCUGAUGCCACAGCUUGGUUUGAUUGAAAUAAAUAUUCCCUGGAUGUCUCGUCAGGGACUCUGCUGACAGCCCCAGAAAUGCCACCUCCUUCCAGUAGAUUUCAUCUGAGCCUUAUCGACAGCUCACUGUCUUCAGUUUCCUUCUAAAAACAUGAAAGUCCCUGGGAUGGUCCCAAAGACAGGGCCUGCACAUUUUUAUAAUGGCAAGGCAUCUUUUUAAAAAGGUCAGGUUGAAAUAUCUAGGAAUAAUCCUGUAAAGAAGAGGGACCAUUAAAGUGAGCAGAGACAGACUAGGUCAUUACCACACCUGAAGUAGCAAUAGACGUAUACAGUGUAAAUUUGAAAUCCACCCUUUAGUUUAAAAAAAAAUGAGCCUGCGAAGUCCAUUUAUCUGUUCCCAGCCCCAUCAGUCACCCAUCCAAUGUGUUGGCAGAGUAUCGUCUGAGCAGUGUGUGUGAGGAGUAAUAAUGAAAGCAAAAGUAUGUCAGAAAGUUACUUCCAAAUGGUUAGAGGCAUGUGACUUUUAGUACUGUGUGUUAAUGGAAUGUCAGGAAUGGUAUAUUUUAACUGUGUGCAAGAUAAUGUCAGUGUGCACAGAGGGUCUUUUUUUCCUUUUUUGAUUAGUGCUGUUAGUGUUCAAAGAAUAAAAAUGGUUGUUUUACAGUUUAGAUUCCAAGAUAGCAAAAUCUGAUUUUUCAACCAUGACCUGCAUGAGAGAAGCAUCCUAGGAAGUCUUAGCUCAUACUUCUGAGUUCUUAACUUUAAUUUAUAUAGUGUUUUUUUUUAUGUUUUAAUAUUUUUGUGAACUGGUGUAAAUUGUUAAUGCAUAUAAGCUUGUGUAUUUUUGUAAAUAGUUUGUGAUUUAUUUCUUGACCCAUAUGUAAAUAUUUAGAGUCUCAUUUCUUCAAAGCUUAUUUGAAGCUGAGUUGUGGGUUUGGGGUUUUGUUCGUUUGUUCCUUUGUUUGUUUUGGUUGGGGUGGGGGGCGGGGAGAGAAGGGAUUUUGUAUUCUGAUAAUCCAGACGGAGAUAUCUUGUGGUUUAAAGCAAAUGUCCCACUGAAAGCAAUUCAAAUAUCAAGAAAAUUAUUUCAGGUUAAAACACA